AUGAAAGUGGAGCAGAAUCGUCUGAAGAUAGUGAAAUUCUUACAAGAAGAAUUCAGCGAACGCUACAGUUGGCAACUGAUUCGGAUGAAUCAGACGAAGAAGACAGUGCACAGUGGUCAGGCUUUGAAUUACCGAGGACCAAUAAUAAAUUUGCCAAACAUAUUUCCCAAAGAUACAAAGAAUAUCGAAGAUAUCGUAGAAUUAUAUAUUGGUAACGAUCUGUUUGAAUAUAUUAGCAGCGAAACCAACAAGUACUACAGCCAAAAUUGCAAUAGAAGGAAAGUAGAUAAAAAAAAUCCCAAAUUUGUCGAUCUUACGGCACCCGAACUUAGAAAAUGGUUUGGGCUUACUAUUCUUAUGGGAAUUGUAAAAAAAGCAAGAAUCGAUGAUUAUUGGUCAACGAAUCCGUUGAUAGACACUCCAAUAUUUCGCAAAACAAUGUCCCGCAACCGAUUUAGACAAAUAUUAUCAUUUUUACAUUUUUCCGACAACAACAAUAAACCGGAUAAUGCCGACCGGCUUUUCAAAGUGCAAUUCAUAAUUGAUUAUUUUUCCAAAAAGUUUAAAGAAAACUUUAAUCUUAGUCAAAACAUUUCAAUUGAUGAAGGAAUAAUACCGUGGUGUGGACGAUUAAAUUUUAAAGUUUAUAAUCCGUCGAAAAUUACAAAAUAUGGCAUACUCAUUCGGAUGCUGUGUGAUUCUACUACGGGAUACAUUUCCACAUUCAAGAUAUAUUGCGGCGCUGGACAGCCUUUAGCAAAAACAGUGAUGGAACUACUGACACUUUCUUAUGGAAAGUGGCAUCACCUGUACAUGGACAAUUAUGCAUCAGCUGUACAUGGACAAUUAUUACAACAGUGUAGAACUUGCGGAGAAUUUACUUAA